CUUCUUUCGUACCUAUCUUAGACAAGUUACUAGCACCCAAACCACCCACCUUAUCUCUAUACCUAUUACCCGAAGAAGCUCCCCUGAGGCAACGACACAGAUUCUUAAUCUUAUGUAACCAUAAGGAAGAAGUCAAAAUUGGUGAAUCUGAUAGAGAAGAAUGCAACAAGACUUCAUUGCCCUCCGCAAACCCUGAUUUCUUAAACUUUGAAGAAACUAAGUCUUUCCUUUCUCCUUAACUAGGUUUGGGACAUCCGGUUGUAAAAUCCUUGCCAUUAGUGAGCUUCUUCUAACCCUGAAGUUAGCAGCUAGACUGAAAGCCAGAAAUUAAUUACCAGGGGAAUUGUUGUCCUUGGAUGCAGAACCAUACUUCGCCAUUUUUAUUGGUUCAGAUCGGAGAAUUCAACCCAACCGGGCGUAGGCUAUUGGAGGAUCCAUUUGUGCUGAAAGCAUUAUGUUUUGGGGAAGAGCAUGGACAGGGGUCAGGGCUCCAUAAUUCAGAAGGACGGUGAGUUAGAUGGAGAUGUAUCCCAUAGAAUCAGAACAGGGUGGAUGAAGUGGAAGAGUGCGUCAGGAUUUCUAUGCGACCGAGGUAUACCGACUAGACUGAAGGGUAAAUUUUAUAGGACAGCAAUUAGGCCUGCAUUACUGUAUGACACGGAGUGUUGGGCGGUGAAACAAUGUCACAUUCAAAAGAUGAGUGUGGUAGAUAUGCGCAUGCUGCGAUGGAUGUGUGGGCAUACUAGAAAGGACCGCGUGAGGAAUCAGACAAUCAGACAAAGGGUGGGAGUAACACCUAUUGAAGAUAAGAUGCGGGAGUCGCGCCUACGGUGGUUUGGUCAUGUGCAUAGAAGACCGAGUGAUGCACCUGUCAGAUGAGUUGAGAGGUGUGGAGAAGAGGUAGGGAAGAGAGAGAGAGAGAGGAAGGCCCAAACAGACGUGGGUUAGGGGCGUCAGAAGUGAUAUAUGCUUCUUCUUGGAUUGAAUGAGGGUAUGACUUUGAAGAGAGCAAAAUGGAGGGCGGGUAUUCGUGUGGAGGAGUGAUCUUGUAUCAUCUUUUCCCCUCUUUUUUUCUUCUUUUUUUUCUUUUAUAUUUUUAUCCUUAUAUAUAAAUAUUACUUUAUCCUUUUUAUUUUAUCUUUUAUAUGUAUAUUCAUCUCUUUUAUAUUAUCUUUUUUUAUAAUAGCUUAUCUUUUUUAUCUUUAUUUUCUUUCUUUUCCUUUUGGUGACAUCAUGUAUCGAUUCAUGUUAGCCGAUCCCUUUGGGACUAAGGCUUGGAUAUUGUUGUUGUUGUUGUUUGUAGGGGCCGAGGCCUCCUCCAGCCUCUCCCUAUCUCCACCCCUGUCUAUAAGGGAAUCAUAUGGGUCUCCUUAAAAUUUUUGGUAAACAAUUUGGUUCUUUCUUUUAUCGAUUCUAGAAAUAAACUUUUUCCCAUAAAGUACGGAAAA